AUGUCCCGCGAGCGGCCCCCCCGCACCGACAUCCCGCGCAACUUGAGCUUCACAGCCGCGCUGACGGAACGCGCCUACUACCACAGCCAGCGGCCCAGCCUCCAGGAGGGGCUGGAGGAGGAGCCAGGCGAGGGCGGGACCCGACUCGGGGCCCGAUCCCGGGCUCAAGUUCAGAGUCGAGGUCGCCGGGCCCGCUCCGCCCCUGCCGCGGGCGAUGGGGCCCGGGCGCCCCGCAGCCGCAGCCCUAACACACGCAAGAGAGUGCGUUUUGCCGAUGCUCUGGGGUUGGAGCUGGCCGCGGUACGCCGCUUCCGUCCUGGAGAGCUGCCCCGCGUACCCCGCCACGUGCAGAUCCAGCUGCAGAAGGAUGCCCUCCGCCACUUCGCACCGCGCCAGCCACGCGCCCGCAGCCCCCAGGAGGCGCGCGCAGCCCUGGAGCCGGCCAGCGAGCCCGGCUUCGCAGUGCGCUUGCAGGCCCAGCGUAUCUGCUUGGAGCGCGUGGAGGCGGGCCCGCUGGGCGUGGCCGGGAGCGCGCGCGUGCUGGACCUGGCCUACGAGAAGCGCGUGAGCGUACGCUGGAGCGCCGACGGCUGGCGCAGCCAGAGGGAGUCGCCCGCCGCCUACGCCGGCCCCGCCCCGCCCCCGCCGCGCGCCGACCGCUUCGCCUUCCGCCUGCCCGCGCCGCCCACAGGGGGCGCUCUGCUCUUCGCCUUGCGCUACCGUGUGACUGGUCACGAGUUCUGGGACAACAACGGCGGCCGUCACUAUGUUCUACGAGGGCCGGAGCACCCGGGCAGUGGUGGAGUCCGGGAGGCUCGGGGCUGGAUCCACUUUAUCUAAGACUGGGUGCCUGCAGGCCACGGGCAGAUAAAACAACACGAACGGCACUCGGGAGUAGGAGUGGGAGAGCCUCUGCGGAAGGAGGAAAGCGAGAAUGCAAGACUGCCAGAUUGGUCGGGUUUAGCCCAAUAGACUCACGUGAAGCAGGGUAGGAGAAAUUAGGAAGCUCAGAGUUUGGAGUGGUACAGGCCAGUUGAUAAAAGUGUCAGGAACCCUAGGCGUGGGAGAAAGACGGGAAGGGUCGCUGGAGGGAGUAGAAGCAAACAAAGAUGUGAAUGACCGUGGUCUUCAGUGAGCACUCCCUGGAAGAAAUUAAGUUGGCUCAGUAGGUCUUGGCAGUUCAAGGUCUAAGGAAACCCUUUGGCAUAGGGAGAUGUUAUGGUUUGAGUAGGUUUUAUGUGUGAAAUAGGCUAGCCCAGUUGAAGUGAUUUAGAGUUCUGUCUCAUUUCCUUACUCGCCUUGCUGCCUCAGGUGCCCCAAUCCUGCCCAUCCUAGCAUUAUUUGAACAAUAAUUGCCUUGUUUAAUCCCUGGCAUUAUGAUAGGAUUCCCUUGUCAAACUACAGUUCCUGGCUUCUAUCUUCACCAGAGGCAGUACCCAACUCUUAGCCUCUAUGCAAGUAGCCUAAGGAAUUAAUAUAGUGGCAAAAGUAACCUCAGGCUGCCCUUACAGCCAAAUAAUGAAGCAUCUAAGGGGUUGGUACAUUCAGGGGUUUCUAGAAAAAUACUAGAGUUAUUUUUCUGGGGGCCUCCUAAUAACCUCUAAGCACCUUAUGGAUUUUGUCAAGGGACAGUGAAUCAUGAAAAUCACUAUCUUGUUUUAUUUUUUCUGCCUCAGAAGAAAAGGAAGUCACUGUGCAGCUGUAUAACUUUCCUACUUGAAAAAUGGGAUCAGAGAGUUAGAGGGUCUAUUGAGAGUACUUUUCCUGGGGCUGGAGAGAUGGCUUAGCGAUUAAGCUCUUGCCUGUGACGCCUACGGAACCCGGUUCGAGGAUUGAUUCCCCAGGACCCACGUUAGCCAGAUGCACACAGGGGCGCACGC